AUGUUAUCAAACCAAGUCUUUCACGUCGAGAAUGGCAAUAACGUUUCUAAAAAAAUUAAAUUUACAAAAUUUAUGAUGUUCAUCCUUGGUUUUGCAGCCGUGCUUGGAACAAUUAUUAUUGCACUUUCUAUCGCUACUCUUGUUAAAGUUAACAAAAAAUUUCACGAGAUUCAAAACAACAGUGAAAAACCAACGAUCAGUUCAAAAGCAAUUCAACAAUCAUUUGACUCCGUUUUGGGUACAUCUAUCCGUAUUGAUGAAGUGAUGAGCUAUCUUAAUGAGUUUCAACGUAUUGCCACGGCUUCUAAUGGAACUCGAUCUGUCAAUACACCUGGAUUUAAUGCUACAUUGGAUUAUAUCAACAACUAUCUAACUGCUAAUACGAAUUACAAAAUAACAAAGACUUUUUUCUACUUGAGAGAUUUUGCACUUGCAAGUAAUCCAAUUCUAAUUUUAUCAAUUAAUGGUGUCAAAAAAAACUACACUUAUUCAACUAAUCUUUCCAUUGCUGAAUUUUAUCAUGUCAAAUAUUCAGCUUCGGCCAAUUUAUCCAACAAUAUGCAACUUACAGUUAUUCCAAAUGUAGCCUGUUCAGAUGAUGAUUGGUUAAAAGCAAGUCUACCUCCUCAAGGUCGAGUAGCACUAGUCAAACGUGGAAUAUGUGCGUUUCAAGAUAAAGCUAUACUUGCUGCUAAAUAUAAUGUAGCUGCACUUUUGCUAUAUAAUGACGGUACAUUACCUGAUCGUGUUUCACCUUUGGAAGUUAAUCUUGCUCAAAAUAAUGCUCUACCUGCUCUCUUUCUUUCAUUCACUAUUGGUCAAGCCCUUGUAAAUGCAGCUCAAAACGCAUCAAUAAAUACUACUGUACAAUUAGUUAUUAAUGUGAAAGACCUACCUAACUUUCCUGUAGGAAAUAUUUGUGCUGAUACUCCAACAGGUAAUGUUACACAGACUAUUGUCAUUGGUAGUCAUAGUGAUAGUGUACCAAAUGGACCAGGCAUUAAUGACAAUGGUAAGUUUACUAUUCACAUAAUACUUCUUAUAUCACUUUCUUCCAUUACAGGUAGUGGUAGUGCAGCCAAUCUAGCUCUAGCUGUUGCUCUUGCUCGUCUUUUUCGAACAUCAACGUAUCCCAAAUAUAAAUAUCGAGUACGAUUUUGUUGGUGGGGUGCUGAAGAACUAGGUCUUCUUGGUGCAGACUUCCAUGUCAAACAAGCGAAAAAUUCUUCUAUUAUUGGUGAACGUCUUUCAGAUUAUUUAAUUAACCUUAACUAUGAUACGAUUGGUUCACCUAAUUAUAUGUUGGGUAUUUAUGAUGGCAGUACAGCUAGAAAUGAUACACCAUCACAAGCACUUGUUGGUAGUAACAAACUUACAGAUUUAUUUCGAGAUUGGUUUAUUCGACAGAACUUACCAUGGGAUUAUAGAGAUUUGAGUGGUCGAAGUGAUUAUGCUCCAUUUUUAGCAGAAGGUAUCGUUUCAGGUGGACUCUCUUCUGGCACAGAUGGUAUCAAAACACAAAAACAACGUGAUCGAUAUGAUGAAAUGCUUGGUCAAGGCUUGGGAGGUGUUGCAGAUAUUAUGUAUGAUCCUUGUUACCAUAAAGUUUGUGACUCGAUACAAAAUAUUAAUUUGUUUGGUUAUGAGAAAAUGGUGAAAGCAGCUGCUUAUGUUUUAGAGUUUCUAGGUCGAGAAGACGAUUUAAAAACGUGGCUUUAUCCAUCCACUAGUUGA